GCGGAAAAAAUGAGGAAGUUUUUUUCAAAAAACUCGUGCGAAUUUUUGCCGAUUGUACAUUUUUUAUCUACUCGUCGCAUCGUAUCCGCAAUUGGCAACAAUAUUCGCGAGUGAACCCUGUUCAGUGUGGUGUCUUCUCUGCAGUGCAGGAAAACGGAAAAGUGCACAAGGCGGUUGUCCCCAGCUGCUGCCGCCGGCCCAGGCUGUGUUAGUAUAUAAUGGAGAAACUCGACUGGCCAAAUCGGCGACGAACCUUUCAUCCGCAAAAUUUGGUGAAAAGUGAAGGAAGCAAGAGGAGGAGAACAACUUCGUUGCGGAACUUAUUUGCCGCUCUAUCGUUCGUAUGCAUUGCGGGCGGCGCCUGCGCGACCGAAUCACUACAGGAGCCACGCUUCAUAACACAACCCUCCAGCAGCGGCAGUAUCCUCAGCGAGGGUCGAACGAAAAUACUGCAAUGUCAAGCGAGAGGAUAUCCACAGCCAAAGUAUCGAUGGUUCAAAGAUGGAUCACCGCUGAACAACGAACUCAGUUCCGAGCCAUACUAUCGCAUUUUAAACACUCGAAGAGAAGAUGCUGGGAUAUAUUAUUGCGUGGCCAGUAACGAAGUUGGUUCCAUAUUUAGCGAACGGAUAGCGUUUUCGGUUGCUUAUAUGGAAGUCUUUGAAGAUUUAACCGAGCGUGCGGUACUCGUCGAAUCGGGGGAUGCUGCUGUUUUAAACUUGCCGGAAAUCGAAAGUCAUCCGAUUCCCGAAGUUGUAUGGCUGACUGCUUACGGGCCGUUGGCCUACGACAUCAAGUAUGCAACCACGGCUAAUCAGCACACCCUUCUUAUUCUAUCAGCUUCGGAAAGCGACAUGGGAUACUACAGGGCGAGAGCGAUAAACACCCAACUCGGCAAGGAGGAAAACAGCCCAUUCUUCAAACUCCAAGUGACCGGAGAUCCGAACAAAGAGAUCGCACCCAAUAUCAUCGUAAAGCCUCAGGACAUGCAAAUAGUUAAGGACCAUCCAGUCACUUAUCUGCAUUGUAUAGCCAACGCAAGGCCGUUACACGAGCUGGAAACUCUCUGGUACAAGGAUGGUAUACCGAUCGAAAAUUCCGGUAUAUCUUACAACUUCAGGGAUCUAUGGAACCGAACACUUGGUCUGUUAUCUGCAAAUUUGACCCACACUGGCCAAUACACUUGUCACGUAAGCCUGAGGACCGGAGGCUAUCCGACUGUCACCGCGAGCGCUAAUAUCACCGUUUACGAAAAACCUACGUUCAUUAACGAAUUGAGAAGGGAAAUUCUUGGAGAUUAUGGUUCGACGAUAUCCAUACCAUGCGAUGCUGUUGGUGUACCACCCCCAAAAGUUAGCUGGUUUAGAAAUGCUGCUUCUGUAGAUCAUCUGUUGGGGUUAAGGUACGACAUGGAGGAGGAUGGCUCUCUCGUUAUUCGUAAAUUGACCAUGGAGGACUCCGGCAUGUUCCAAUGUCUCGCGACUAACGAAGCCGGGGAGUCAUCUGUUUAUACGUGGCUUAAGGCCAAAAAGGUAUCGGGGACAGGAAGAAUUGGAAAACGUGUCGCUCGCCGGGCAGCUGGCUAUAAUGUAGUCAGAGUUCGUCAGUUUGAACGACAGUUUAAGUUCUUUCAAUAUCCAAACACAUCGAUACCAGUUAUGGAAUCGCCACCUCAAAACGUAACUGUCUUGGACGGCAAAGACGCUUCGAUAACAUGCAAAGCUGUUGCUGCGCCAGUGCCAAAUGUCACAUGGAUUUAUAACGACGCAGAUACUGUAGAAGUUGCCGGUAGAGUUCAAAUUCUAGAGAACGGAGAUCUGCUGAUGUCAGCUGUAAUGCCGACUGAUGCUGGAAAGUACACGUGUAUCAGGGCAAACGAAGCAGGCUCAGUAAACGGAUCGGCCUAUCUCACGGUAUUGGUGAGAACACAAAUUAUUCAGCCACCGGUUGACACGUCGGUUCUACUCGGUUACACUGCCGAACUACAAUGCAAAGUUUCCAGUGACCCAAAAGUGCCGUACGAUAUCGCCUGGUUUCACAACAAACAGGUUAUAAAUACAAGAGCGAGUCAAAGAGUGAAAAUGCGAGACGACGGGGCCUUGGAACUUGCUGCAGUGAGAGCUUCUGAUGUAGGAGAGUACAUGUGUUCUGUAGUAUCUCCUGGGGGAAAUGAUACGAGGAAAGCCCGUUUGAGCGUUAUAGAAUUACCUUUUGCACCUAUAAAUGUACAGGCUGUGAGAAUGGAGGAAAUAUCGCCACGAACGAUCAACGUUAGUUGGGUGCCUGGAUUUGAUGGAAAUAGUCCGACGAAUAAAUUCAUAAUCCAAAGACGAGAGGUGCCCGAAUUAGGCCCCAUACCUGACCCACUGUUAAACUGGGUUACUGAGCACAGUAACGUAUCGGCCAGUAGUCGUUGGGUUCUCUUAGACAGCCUGAAAGCAGCAGCCGCAUAUCAGUUCCGAGUUAGCGCCGUAAACAAUGUCGGAGAGGGCCCUCCGUCAGAUCCAAGUAACGUCAUGGUGCUUCCGCAAGAACCACCAUCCGGUCCACCUCUGGGAUUCGUCGGAUCGGCGAGAUCGUCUUCGGAAAUAAUAACUCAAUGGCAGCCCCCCCUAGAGGAGCAUCGUAACGGUCAUAUUUUGGGAUAUAUAUUGCGAUACCGAUUGUACGGCUACAACGACAGUCCUUGGACUAAUCAGAACAUCACAAAUGAGGCGCAGAGAAAUUACUUGAUAACGGAUUUGAUAACGUGGAAAGAUUACAUAGUUCAAAUUGCAGCGUACAAUGACAAAGGUGUUGGAAUAUUCACCGAGGGUGUAAAGAUUAAAACUAAGGAAGGCGUUCCUGAAGCCCCGCCAACAAAUCUGAAAGCCAGAGCAAGAAAUUCUACGGCUGUAGAAGUAUGGUGGAAGCCUCCUAAUCCCCAGAAGAUAAACGGCAUAAAUCAAGGCUACAAAUUACAGGCUUGGAUCGGUGGCAAUUUUACCGAAGAAAAUGAGUUUAAGUCGACGACCGUUCCACCGAGCUUAUUUGACCCCUUGGCUGAGCAGAGUGCCACGAUUACAGGGCUGAAAAAAUACACAUUGUACAAUAUUACUGUCUUAUGCUUUACCGAUCCAGGAGACGGGGAGCGAAGCGCACCCGUUGAAAUACGUACGAGUGAAGAUGUUCCUGGUGCCAUUGAAAAUCUUCAAUUUGACGAAAUCAGCGACCGGGAGGUGACUGUGCGAUGGAGCCCACCGCAUGAAACUAAUGGAGUACUCACUGGUUAUCAGUUGAAAUAUAUGAUCAAGGAUUUACCAGAAUCAUUGCGGGUCGAAAAUUUCACGGCAGACGUAAAAUCGACAAAAAUUCAACAUCUACAGGCAACGACACAUUAUAAGUUUGAGGUAACUGCUUGGACGUCGAAAGGUGCGGGUAAAUCGAGAAUUGCAACGAUCCAAUCAGGCGUUGAGCCAGUGCUGCCAGAACCCCCGACCAAAUUGGCUCUUUCAAACAUUGACGCCUUCUCUGUAGUUCUUCAAUUCACCCCCGGAUUCGAUGGCAACUCAUCGAUCACAAAGUGGACCGUACAGGCACAAACAUCGCGAAAUAUGACAUGGUACACUGUCUAUGAGGUAUCUGAUCCCGAUGCAAGUACCAUCACCGUUGAAGGAUUGACCCCAUUUAUGCAGUACAAGUUGAGACUAAUCGCCAACAACGUUGUCGGUGUGUCUGAACCAUCCGAACCAACGAAAGAAUUCCAAACAAUCCAGGCGCCUCCUUCGCAUCCACCUCGAAACGUCACCGUCAGAGCUAUGAGUGCGACCGAACUACGCGUCAGAUGGAUCCCGCUGCAGCAAAUAGAAUGGUAUGGAAAUCCUAGAGGGUAUAACAUUACCUACAAAGAGCUGAGGACGAACAAGUCUAAGAGCAUAUCUAUCGAAGACCACACAGCAAAUUCGUACAUACUGGAGAACAUGGAAGAAUUUGCGCUCUACGAAAUUGUUAUGAAGGCUUAUAACGAUGUUGGUUCAUCUUCUCCUAGUCCUGAGGCGAUCGAGAGAACCCGUGAAUCGGUCCCGUCUCUUGGACCAAUAAGUGUUGAGGCAAAUGCAACCUCUUCCACAACUAUCGUUGUAAAAUGGGGUGAUAUUCCCAUUGAGCAUCAAAAUGGGCAAAUCGAAGGCUUCAAAGUUUACUAUGGUGCCAGUAAUCGAUCACCAUUUCAGUAUAAAAAUAUUCCGACCAAUUCCACAUUCACAACUACUCUGACCGAACUACGAAAGUUUGUUCAAUACCACAUACAAGUUCUCGCUUAUACCAGGCUUGGCGACGGUGUCUUGAGCCUACCGCCAAUUAGAGUGCAGACCUUCGAGGAUGCACCCGGGGCUCCGUCGAAUGUAUCUUUCCCGGACGUCAGCUUCUCAAUGGCUCGUAUAAUCUGGGAUACUCCUGAAGACCCUAACGGUGAAAUUUUAGCAUACAAAGUUAUGUUUCACCUAAAUAGUAGUCAGGAUCAUCAAUUUUCGAAAGAAUUUCCAGCAUCCGAUAGAACCUUUAGGGCAACGGGAUUGAAACAGGAAGAAUAUUACAUGUUCUCUGUGACUGCCCAGACGAGAUUAGGAUGGGGAAAAACUGCGUAUGCACUUGUAUUGACUACUAAUAACAGGGAUCGACCGCAGCCACCGUCUGCACCUCAAGUCAGCAGGUCGCAGGUGCAGAGUCGUCAAAUCACAUUCAGUUGGACUCCCGGUCGUGACGGAUUCGCUCCAUUAAGAUAUUACACAGUGCAAAAGGCUGAGAACUCCGGACCUUUUCAAACAAUACCGGAGAGAGUGGAUCCUUCGGUUAAUUCUUACACUGCGAACAAUCUCAAGCCGUUCACGCAUUACCAGUUUCGUAUUCAGGCAACAAACGAUAUUGGUCCUUCAACAUGGAGCGCCGAAUCUGCUCAAGUUCAAACAUUGCCAACAGCCCCGUCACGCGCAGUAAUCGGAUUGAAAGUGGUGCCUAUAACAAAAUCGAGCGUAGAAGUUCACUGGGAACCCAUAGAAGAAAUAUAUUGGAGCGGAGAUCACGCAACAGGUGGCUAUCGAGUCGUGUAUCAACCAGUGUCCGAUUUUCCGACCGCUCUCGAAGCUGCACCUAAGAAAAACAUUCCAGGAAUCAAGAACAAUAUGAUGGUUUUGAGUGAUCUGAUGGAAGAUAAAAAUUACGAAAUAGUCGUUGUACCGUUUAACUCAGAAGGCGAAGGUCCUCCAUGUCCGCCGGUUACGGUAUACGUAGGCGAGGCUGUUCCUACAGGAGAACCUCGGGAGCUCAACGCCAAGGCUCUAUCAUCUACCGAAGUGCAUUUGAGUUGGAAACCGCCUCAACUCGAUAUGCAAAACGGUGACCUCUUAGGAUACAAGAUAUUUUACCUCGUCACGGAUUCGCCACAGGAAUUUGAGAAGCCACAAGAGGAAGAAAUCGAAGUCGUACCUGCGUCGUAUCUUACUCAUAGUCUUGUUUUCCUUGACAAAUACACAGAGUAUCGCAUACAAGUUUUAGCCUUUAAUCCAGCUGGAGACGGACCUCGAACUCCGGCUAUUACAGUUAGGACUAAGGAAGAUAUUCCAGGACCACCAAAUAAUUUGCAAUUUAUUGACAUAACUAUGACAAGUAUGCGUGUCACCUGGGAUCCACCGAAGAUGCGUAACGGUCAGAUCGUUGGAUACAUUGUGGCGUACGAGACUGCAGAACAAAACGAUCGGUUUAGCAAACAAGUUAAACAGAAAGUAACAGAAACAAGCCUGCUUGUCCAACCAUUGGAAGAAAAAGUUACCUACACAUUCACAGUCAGAGCUCAAACCAUUGAUUUUGGACCACCAAUUUCUGGCAACGUUACAACCGGGCCACAGCAUGGAUCACCUGUAGCACCCAGCGAGCUUGCCGUUUCGAAAACUGUAACCAGCGUCGACCUGCAGUGGACCAAUGGAGCAUCUGGCAAGGGGCCUUUACUAGGGUAUUACAUUGAAACUAGACGCAAAGCUAUGGAAGAUUGGCAGCAUUAUGAUGCCCGCUGGCAAACGAUAGUGAAGAGCACCAAUGGCCCGCUUACAGAAUAUACAAUAUCUUACCAGAAUCUUCUACCUUCUACCUCAUAUUUAUUUAGAGUGAUAUCAUACAAUCGGUAUGGUAUCAGCUAUCCAGCAUAUUCAAAGGAUGCGGUUUUAACUCCCUCAAAGCUGUACUUUGAGUAUGGAUAUCUUCAACACCGACCAUUCUAUCGACAAACCUGGUUCAUGGUAGCUUUAGCUGCGUGCUCAGUUAUUAUAAUAAUCAUGGUAAUAGCAAUAUUGUGCGUCAAGAGUAAAAGCUAUAAAUACAAACAAGAAGCCCAAAAAACUCUGGAGGAAUCGAUGGCCAUGGACGUGGAUGAUCGGCAGGAAUCUGAUUUGGAAUUGUACAGAUCGCGACAUGCUGGUGGAGGAGCGAUGAACGUGGCAAGCACUUGCGGCACGUUGGGCAAGCGAGGCACCUUGGCUCGUAAAUCCGCACAUCAUCCCCCGCCUCCGACAAUGCUGGGUAAAUCUCCACCACGACCUUCUCCAGCAUCCGUGGCUUAUCACAGUGACGAGGAGAGUUUGAAGGGCUAUGAUGAAAACCCUGAUGACAGUAGCGUAACGGAAAAACCGUCUGAGAUUAGUUCUACGGAUUCACAGGGAUCUGAAAGUGAAAAUGAGAGUGUCCAGUCUGAUCCUCACUCCUUUGUCAACCACUAUGCAAACGUCAACGAUUCGUUGAGACAGUCAUGGAAACGACAAAAACCGGUUAGAAAUUAUUCCUCCUAUACAGAUUCUGAGCCAGAAGGCAGCGCGGUGGUCAGUCUGAACGGAGGACAGAUCAUAAUGAACAACAUGGCAAGGUCGAGGGCUCCUUUGCCCGGUUUUUCGUCGUUUGUAUGAUCCGUGAUUUCACUCCAAAGAACUAACAAUAUAAAGACUUCAACCAAAUCCCCAAAAAGUGUACGUGUAUGUGGACGUGAAAAAAGUGACAAUAACACAGACUACUAUUAAUUUCAGA